UAAAUACACUAAAAUUAAACUAUGUAUCACGGUACUACUACCUACUAGGAGCAGAGGAGCACACAACAACGAGCGACAAAGCGAGAGUUUUUUUGUUAAUCGAAUCGAAACCAUUGUCAUGAAAUCACGAACAAAUUCAUUUUUGUUCCUCUCUUCACUUCAUCUUCCUCUCUCAUUAUAACACUAAAACCCCAAUAAAACCCUUUUGGAGUCAACCAAUGAUCUAAUUAUUUUUUCUAGACAGCUUUUAUCAGGUAAAAUCCUUGACGACCCACGAAUCAAAUUCGUGUUUUCCACCAACCCUUUUGUUUUCUUAUAUCAAUUCCCGCAAAGUUUCUCUCUUUAUGUUAAUUUGUUUUUUGAAAUUUUUUUUUUGUUGUUAUUCGCUUUUGCUGGAGCUUGUUUGAUUUUCAAUAUCGUCGAUGUUCAUUCUGGUUUGGUGAUUGGUAGAAGGUUUUGGUUGUUCAUUAAGAUGACUCAACCAUCAGUAAUCUUGGCCACUGCAAGCUACGAUCACACAAUCAGAUUCUGGGAAGCAAAGAGUGGGCGAUGCUAUCGGACAAUCCAGUAUCCUGAAUCACAAGUUAAUCGCCUUGAGAUUACACCCGAUAAACGUUACUUGGCGGCAGCUGGAAAUCCCCAUAUUCGGCUUUUUGAUAUUAAUUCCAAUAGUCCUCAGCCUUUGCUGAGUUGUGAUGCACAUACGAACAAUGUUAUGGCAGUGGGGUUCUCAUGUGAUGGAAGAUGGAUGUACUCAGGAUCUGAAGAUGGCACAGUAAAGAUAUGGGAUUUGAGGGCUCCAGGAUGUCAGAGGGAAUAUGAAAGUCGUGCUGCUGUUAACACUGUUGUUUUACAUCCGAAUCAGAGUGAGCUGAUAUCAGGAGACCAAAAUGGCAAUAUUCGUGUUUGGGACUUGACAGCAAACUCAUGCAGCUGUGAGUUGGUUCCAGAAGUGGAUACGGCUGUGAGGUCAUUGACCGUAAUGUGGGAUGGAAGCUUGGUUGUUGCUGCUAACAAUCGUGGAACAUGUUAUGUUUGGCGCUUGUUGCGAGGGAAUCAGACUAUGACCAACUUUGAGCCACUUCAUAAGCUACAGGCUCAUGAUGGCUACAUCCUGAAGUGCCUCCUUUCCCCUGAGUUUUGUGAACCUAACCGCUACUUGGCCACGGCAUCUUCUGAUCACACCGUCAAGAUAUGGAAUGUUGAUGGUUUUACCCUGGAGAAAACCUUAGUAGGACAUCAGCGCUGGGUAUGGGAUUGUGUGUUCUCUGUAGACGGUGCUUAUCUCAUCACAGCUUCAUCCGAUACCACUGCAAGAUUAUGGUCAAUGUCAUCUGGUGAAGAUAUCAGAGUGUACCAAGGGCAUCAUAAAGCUACCGUAUGCUGUGCUCUCCAUGAUGGUGCCGAAUCUUCCUCCUGAGGAUGUUUUGUUUUGUACAUUAAGCUCGUUUUUUUUUUUUUUUGUUAAGAAUGAAAAUCCCAUUAUCAGAAACUUAGGAGUCUUGCAUUCGUGCUGGAUAUUUGUUUACCCUCCUGUGCUUUUGGUAUGUAUAUCAGACUACCUUGCUUUCCAUUGAGUAUAAAUUUCAUAAAAAUUUCAUAUUUUAUUCCCCUAUUAAAAAUUUC